UGCAGGAAAAUAUAAAGCGGUGCUUCCCUUUGAAUGCCCGCGAUGUGCCCGAAGACUAUAAACCGAGUGUAGAGGUUGGAUUUUUAUAAUGGGGAAUAUGAUUUGUAGACGUACCCUUGAUCGGAUGAUUUGUCUUUUAAUUUUAAGGUAGUAAAGCAAAUGCAAAAAAUGUUUUAUGACUAUGUGAGGAAUUACCACCUUGCCAGGGCGGAAAAAAAAUUGGCGAAAAUGGACAAAGUGCCCACUGAGAAAAAAGGCAAGAGUAAAAAAAAUUUGAAAGUCCACUGGGGGCCUGUAGAAGUAAUUGAGUACCCGAAGGAAAGUAAUUGAGAA